ACAAGGCUCGGGAGGCGCGAACGACAUCUCCUAUAUAUACCUUCACGUGACUUUGCACUUAUUUGGCUACGACGCGUCUUUGUUGAUUGUGGCGCGCGUCUAGACUGUAGACUAUAAAUACAGCGUUCCGUCUAGCUAGUUACCUUCUAACCCAUCUCAACUCAAAACUUUGCCUGCUCUACCUUUUUCUCAACCACUACACACUCUUCAUUAUGCCUUCUGCAAAGUCAAGCGGCAAGGGUAAAGUCAGCGGCAAGGUCAAGAGUGAAGACACCAAGUCCACGUCCCGUUCUACUAGAGCUGGUCUCCAGUUCCCAGUCAGCCGUAUUCAUCGCAUGUUGAGGAAAUCCAAUGUCAGCAAGCGCAUUGGGUCUGGCGCACCCGUCUACCUUGCUGCCGUACUAGAGUACUUGUCGGCUGAAAUCCUGGAGUUGGCCGGAAAUGCAGCUCGUGACAACAAGAAACGUCGCAUCAAUCCUCGUCACCUUCAACUAGCUAUUCGUAACGAUGAAGAGUUGAGUAAACUGCUCGGAGAUGUGAUCAUCUCUGAGGGUGGUGUCGUACCUUACAUCAACCCUGCACUCCUGCCUGCAAAAAGCAAGAAACAAAGUCUCGACAGCCAAGAGGUGUAAUCCACCCAAUGUAUCACUUUCGCAUGCCUCCUUGUGUACCACCACUGUGCAUAUUUACUUAGUAUACUUAAUCUGUAGGACGUUCUUCUCAACGUGCUCCCAGUUCCGCACCAUGCGCAGAGAAACUUUGCGCACUGCGUUGUCUUUAUUGCCAGAACAAAUACAAUUGUCAGUGCAGCGGAAACCCCUUAAAUCCAACUUUGCCCGACACUACGUGUUCGUAGCGUGGUAGCAGCGUUUUGUAUGAUGUAGACCUAUGCCUAGGU